AUGCUGCUCACUGUGAGAGAUGAUGAUGAUUUCCUGAGUCUGAGUGAACUCCCGGAAACCUUCCCCUCCGACCCUCCGGAGCCCUUACCUCACUUCCUGUUUGAACCCGAGGAAGGCUACAUUGUCAAGAAUAAACCUGUCAAUCUCUACUGCAAAGCAACGCCUGCCACGCAGAUUUACUUCAAGUGCAAUAGCGAGUGGGUUCAUCAGAAAGACCACACUGUGGAGGAGAGGGUGGACGAAAACUCAGGUCUGGUCGUAAGAGAAGCCAGUAUAGAAAUCACACGGCAGCAGGUGGAGGAGCUGUUUGGUCCUGAAGAUUACUGGUGUCAGUGCGUGGCCUGGAGCUCUGCUGGAACCACCAAAAGCCGCAAGGCGCAUGUUCGCAUUGCAUACCUGAAGAAGUCAUUUGAACAGGAACCCUUGGGAAAGGAAGUAUCUCUGGAGCAGGAAGUGCUGUUACAGUGUCGCCCUCCAGAGGGCAUACCAGCUGCUGAGGUGGAGUGGUUGAAGAACGAAGAGAUAAUUGACCCAGCAGAGGACAGAAACUUCUACAUCACCAUCGACCACAACCUGAUCAUCAAACAGGCGCGUCUGUCUGACACAGCCAACUACACAUGUGUGGCUAAGAACAUAGUAGCCAAAAGACGAAGCACUACAGCCACUGUUAUUGUUUACGUGAACGGUGGUUGGUCGACUUGGACGGAGUGGUCGGUGUGUAACAGUCGCUGUGGACGGGGCUUCCAGAAACGAACCCGCAGCUGCACUAACCCCGCCCCUCUGAAUGGAGGACUGCCUUGUGAUGGACAGGCCAUACAGAAACUACCAUGUACCACACUGUGCACCGUGGACGGUGUGUGGACAGAGUGGAGUAAGUGGUCGGCCUGUGGGACGGAGUGUACCCAGUGGAGGAGGAGGGAGUGCAACGACCCAGCACCUAAAAAUGGAGGAAAGGACUGUGAGGGGCUGGUACUCCAGUCUCAGAACUGUACCGACGGACUCUGUAUGCAAAGUUCAUUGUUUCAGAUGUCCACUGAGCCCAAAGAAAAGAGUGAUUUGGGAAUCCCAUCUGCUCCAAGUACAGAUGAUGUGGCACUAUACGUGGGCAUUGUCAUCGCAGUGAUUAUGUGCCUGGUCAUCUCUGUCAUCGUGGCGCUUUUUGUCUACCGCAAGACACACCGUGACUUUGACUCGGACAUCAUUGACACCUCGGCACUUAACGGAGGCUUCCAGUCUGUUAAUAUCAAAACAGCCAGAUCAGCUGAUCUGCUGACAGUUCCUCCUGAUUUGACUAAUGCAGCUGCCAUGUAUCGUGGUCCAGUGUAUGCCCUCCACGAUGUUUCAGAUAAAAUCCCGAUGACCAACUCCCCUCUGCUGGACCCUCUUCCCAACUUGAAAAUCAAAGUCUACAACUCUUCUGGUCUGGUCACGCCGCAGGACGACCUCGGAGGAGACUUCACAUCCAAACUGUCUCCUAAGGUAACUCAGUCUCUGUUGGAUAACAGCGACACCAUGAACCUUCGCAACCAGAGCUUGGCUCGAACACGAGACCCUUCAUGUACCGCUCACGGAUCCUUUAACAACCAGGGAGGACACCUCAUCGUACCCAACUCUGGUGUGAGUCUGUUGGUUCCAGCGGGUGCUGUUCCUCAGGGUAGGGUGUACGAGAUGUAUGUGACUGUGCACAGGAAGGACAGCUUGAGACCCCCGGUUGAGGACAUCCAGACAGUGCUGAGUCCGGUGGUGAGCUGUGGACCUCCAGGAGCCCUGCUGACCAGACCAGUGAUCCUCACCAUCCACCACUGUGCUGACAACGUCCAGGAAGACUGGCUCAUGCAGCUAAAGAACCAGCUGGCUAUGGGAGAGUGGGAGGAUGUGGUUGUAGUUGGAGAGGAAAACUUCACCACCCCCUGCUACGUGCAGAUGGACUCGGAGGCAUGUCACAUCCUAACAGAGACACUGGGGACUUACUGCCUGGUGGGCCAGUCAAUCUGCAAGGCAGCCGCCAAGAGGCUUAAACUGGCUGUUUUUGGACCCGUCUCCUGCACAACUUUGGACUAUCACAUCAGGGUCUAUUGUCUGGAUGACACACAGGAUGCACUCAAGGAGGUUCUUCAGAUGGAGACCCAGAUGGGAGGGAAGCUUCUGGAUGAGCCAAAGACCCUGAACUUUAAAGACAGCACACACAAUCUGAGACUGUCAAUCCAUGAUGUUCCACACACACACUGGAAGAGCAAACUCAUCGCAAAGUAUCAGGAGAUCCCAUUCUACCAGGUGUGGAGUGGCAGUCCGAGAACUCUUCACUGUACCUUUACCCUGGAGAGACUGAGCCCAGCCAUCACAGAUAUCAGCUGCAAACUGUGUGUACGGCAGGUGGAAGGAGAAGGGCAGAUCUUUCAGCUCAGCAACACAUUGGAGGAGGAGGUUCAGUGCAUAGACACGUCCCUGAUGGACCCUGCCAGUAAUAUCACAACCUUAGUGGGACCCAAUGCCUUCCGCAUUCCUUUAUCCAUCAGACAGAAGCUGUGUGGCAGUCUAGAUGCACCACAGACCAGAGGCAAUGACUGGAGGAUGCUGGCCCACAAACUCAACCUUGACAGGUAUCUGAACUACUUUGCCACCAAGUCUAGUCCGACAGGUGUGAUCCUGGAUCUCUGGGAGGCCCAGCACUUCCCCGAUGGAGACCUAAAUGAACUGGCCGCUGUGCUGGAAGAGAUGGGUCGCCAUGACGGUAACUUUGCCUCCAUGACAACGGAACACUGACGAAGCAGCAUGGUUACCAUGACAGAACUCUGGAGACGAUUACACUCAAAUUUAUUCUCUAAGGUGGAUGCUGCGGCAAGGGCAAUGAACAAAUCAGAUGUGAGCAAAAGAAAAGUUGUCGCCAUGGUGAUUGAGCACCGGUUAAAUACCAUGGCACUCAUUCCGACAUUGGUAAUAGACAAGAAAUGCUCAAGCUAGUGCUGGAAACUAUGUGUAUCUUUGUGUGUUUAUUUGAGCAGUGUUGCAGUGUUGUGUGUGACCGAAGGAGACAUAACCCAACUUACAACACAAACACAUUCCGUCAGGAACAAAUAAAACAUACACACGCAUAAAAAGAAAAGACCUUGUCUGGUGCAACACUAGGUGUUCUCUUGCUGUUACUUUAUACUGAACAAAGAGAGGCAGAGAAAAGAGGCAACAGAGGUACUGACCUUGAAAACCUCUAUAAGAAUGGAACAGAAUCAUAAAGGGAGAAAAGCUAAACUAAUUACAAACGAGUGGGUGAAGGUAGAGUGAGGAAAAAGAGGGAGUGAGUCAGACACUGACUCUUUAGUAAGACAAGAGUAAACACAGAGAGAGGCUGAGAUGAUUACAAAAGGGAGGGAGGACGUAAACAUAAAAUGAUGGAAGAAGCCGCAGGUGAUCAUCUGUACGAACAUGAUGGGAAACAGAUAAUGAGAGAGCGGAGAUAAAGAAGUGAUCCCUCACUUCUCUUGCAAGCCUUGGCUGUACGUGAUUUGCCAGUACAGUUUGUUGUCUUUAUAUAUCGUUUCCUAGGGAACGCUCUAUGUAUUCUGCUGUCCAUAUGUGUGGAUAAUUUCCCGCUAGCAGAAUUUGCUACACAGUGUGACUGUCAAUCAAAGGGUCCUGACCAGAAACAAGCCCAACACUACAGGUUUCCCCUUUUUGGCUGACAUCAUAAAUAAUGUUUUAAUUUUUGUUAUAUUGGAGUUUGUGACUUUCCUCCAAAAUGCAUGAAGAUAUUAAAUCAUGCAGGUCACAGGAAGUUUAGAAGUAUCAAGUCAAAGGCAACUGUACUUCCUGUCCAAUUGCAUUUCAUUUAUGCCUCUGAUUUUCUUGAAAAAGGCAAUCCAAAGAUGAUUACACUCCUGAUGGAUGAAAGUAAAAACUUAUUUUUAUUAUUUUAGCAGUGUGUGGUUGUGACAAACCUUUCUGUUUUGAGGUAAGAUGGCACUUAUUAUAAACGGAUAAACAGGGCAAAGAUGCAAACUGUCAGCUAUUCAUUCUCAUACACAGAAUAUUUUAUAAUAUAAAA